CCCAAACGUCAUGUCCUGGACACAAGCGCCAUUUUUUACUUCAGGAGGAGGGUGAAACAGCACAAUACAUCAAUUAUUUCACUUUAAUGUGAAUCAUUAUUUCCUGAAUUAACUUUGGCGGUUGCAUCUUGUCCGGGGAGGUGAGUGUCAGAGUAUCGUCCAGGUGGAUUGAUUGCACACUUCCGUGACACCGAGACUGAAGCGCUGGCGGAUUGGUGAAACUAUCCAUACACGGUAAAAAAAAAAAAAAAAGAAAAAAAAAAAAAAAAGACGCGACAGCCAUCCUUUUAUAACCGGAGAAGCAAAAGGAAGCUGAGAAACAAUGUAUCAGGUCCCGGUUGGAAACUUGGAGAACAUCCGAAAAACAAGGAGAAGAGUGAAACACAUUUUGAGUGAUUUUGGACUGGAGGAUUGCAAAAACCUUCUGGAAGAGCUGCAAAAGAAGGAGAAGACCUCUGAUGAAGAGUCUGAUUCUGAUGAGGCAUUCCAGGAGACUGAGUGGGUGGACCUCAGUGAGCCCUUCCCAGGCAAGAGGAAGAAAAAGUGGCCAUACCGCACGCGGCUGUUGUGCUGCUCCCUCUGUAAGUACUCCACCCGGAACUGGUACUCCUACAAGAGUCAUCUACAGCGGAGCCAUGAGUAUGAGAGGAAACUGUGUGUCCUGGCUCCCUGCCAGAUCUGCUCCUUCGUCGCCCACCCCCGACUCCUCAAGAAGCACCUUCUCCUCUUUCAUGGCUCUCCGAACGUGGACCAAGAUGCAGCAUCUCUGCAUUCAACUACCAAGAAAGGAGACAGGUUUAAGUGUCGUAAGUGCCGAUAUGUGGACUCAAACCUGUUCUCAAUGAAGAAGCACGUCCUGCUGAACCACCUGGAGAAACUGUGGCACCACUUCUCAGGACGGAUACCAGACACUAAGUUCCCCCAUACAGCCUCCAGGCAGUUCUGUAAGGUGUGUAAGAUGGCUAUUGAAAGCACGGAGCACAUGCUGCACCACAUCCUGGCCUCUCCCACUCACCAGUGGGCCUGCGCUCAGAUCAGGACCUGGAUCUUAGAGAACACUCAGUACGCCAAGCCCACAAAUUACCAAACACUGGCCCCUAAAAAACAGAUGCCACAGGUGUCCAGUCCUGAGCAGCUGGCAGGGCCCAACCAGAGCUUCCUCCCCCCUCAGGCCCUGGUUCAGCUGGCCGGUGCUGAGGCAAAGGGCCUCGUCCAGCCUGGUGCUACUGUCAAGCUGCAGAGUGCUCUGCCACAGGGGGCCAUCUCAGCCACCAUGCCCAUCGGCCAGACCAUGGUCAGACUGCCCUCUGGCGCCUCACUACCUGGUGCUCCUCACAACCAGGUGCCUUUCACCAUAGGGGUCCAAGGUCAGCAGCAGCAGCCCCAGCAGGUCUUCCUGCCCCCGAGGGUGCAGAUCAGCAUUCCAGGGAUGUCCCAGGCCCUCAUGGUGACUCAGCGCCUCCCCUUGAACCAGGGGACCCCCCAGGGUACAAUGCUCCAGAGCAACCCCCAGGGCACCAUGCUGACCUCCCAGUCCCUCCUCAGCCACCUCUUCCCCACUGGCAACAAGGUCAACGGCAUGCCCACCUACACCUUCGCCACACCGGUAGGCAUGCCCAGCCAGACGAGUAACAUCCAGCUGAUCAGCAAGGCUCCUCAACCAAUCAAACCAGCAGGUAAUCCUGCUCUCAACUCCAAAGCCAAGAAGUGGAUCACCUGUCCCAUCUGUAAUGAACUGCUCCCUUCCAAUGUCUAUGAGGCUCAUCAACAGGCUGCACACAAGGCCCAGCCCAGAACAGCUAAGCAGCAGGGCCUGGCGGCCCGUGCUCCCUUCCUCAGGAAGAUGCCUGACAAGACAGUCAAGUGUUUGAAGUGCAAGAUCCUGCUGUCUGAAAAGGGCCUCUUUGAACACCUACUGCACGGGCUUAACUGCCUCUACUGUCCUGGGAUGUUCUACUCCAUCCAACAACUGGUUGAACACACAAACACACAACACAACCCCACACAGAAGGCCAACUGUGACUUCAUGAGGCGAGAGUAUAGACUGUACACAGACGACAGCGGUAACCUUCUGUUCCCCUACUUUGACAUCAACACCAUGGCCCCCAAAGAGAUCCUGGGAGAUGCAGAGCUGAAACUGGCUCUGGUCACCAACUCCCUAGACCUGAUCUUCCUCAAGAUGCAGCCUGGUGGAAAACAGGAAGUGUGUCGGAACCCCAGUAAAACGAUGCGGACCGACUGCCCCUUCUGUGAAGAGAAGUGUGUCACAGUGGAGAACUACCAAGCCCAUCUGAGUGGGAAGCACUGCAUCGCACCCACCGUCCACGCCAUCCUCAAGACCGCAGCUUUCAAAUGCAUCUACUGCAACGGCGUCUACACAGGCAAGACCACGCAGAGAGCUAUAGUAAUACAUCUACAGCGCUGCCGCCGUGCCCCCAAGACCCCUAAAGAUGCAGACAGACUCCAGCCCGCCCCCACCAACGGACGCCAACAGCAAGUCAUGGCCUUUAAGCAGAUGGUCCAGGUGCCAGGUCUGUACUCUGCCCAGCUCCCUCCAGUCCCCAUGGCAGCGCAGGCCUCCGUCCCUGUCCCCCAGCCCUCUGAGUCCCCUGCUGAGUUACAGAGCAAGCUGAGGCUGGAGGCGGCCUUCAGGGAGGCCAUGGAGGCCAACAAGAAAGAGAGGGAUGCGCGGGCAGCUUUCCGUAAGCAACGAGAGAAGGAAAAACGAGAGCAGGUACCCAAGAUGGACCCCUAUAUUCAGCUGGCCCUGGACCCCAGUGGGAUGGAGAAACGACCCUCUGAGGAGCGGAAAGACUUCCUCACCAGAUACUUCCACACCAAGCCGUACCCCACCAAGAAGGAGUCUGAAGAGCUCUCCAAGAGACUGUGGCUGACCCGGACUGAGGUGUCCACCCUGUUUGGAAUGAAGCGCACCAAGUGCAUGAAGGCCAUUCAGAAGAACAGCCCUACCAUCUUCAUGGGCUUCAACAUGACAGAGCUGAAAAAACUUAAGCACGACCUCCUCAUCCCAGAGGUGGAACCUGCAGAACCAGAAAAGAUGGCUGACCAGGAAGUGGAACCCGAUGAACCAGAACAGACGGAUUCACCAGAAGGAGAGAAACCAGAAAUUUCUGUUCCAAAAGAAGAUCCUUUAGAACCACAUCAGAUGGAUGUUCCAGAGAUGGAUCCUUUAGAACCACAGGCAAUGGCUGUCUAAGUUGUCACUUCAGAGUGCAUGUACAGUCUGUAUAGAUACUUUUACCUGGAUGACUGCAACAGACUGCAGUGCCCUGAAAUGUAUACUUUUAUAUUGAUGUUAGUCUCCCUGCUAGUAAUUGUCAACGACAUUUUAGAUGUUGACUUAUUAUUCUCCUUUUCAUAGAACUGUAAAUCAAAUGUUGACAUUCUCAUAGGCUACAUGUUAAAACAAACCUCUGUAUUCAUGUGUAAAAAAAAUAUUAAAAAAUGUAAAGCCAAGUGAGGACUGUAUUAGUAUUAGACACUGUUUUCAGGGGUUUGUUUCAUACAACCACAGCACGGUUAAAUCCACCAUUUCCACCUAGGCGGCACCUUUAAGAUGUGUUUUCAGCCUAAUGACCAUGAUUCAGUUUGAAUAAUAUUUUGAAAUGCUGUCAAAUGUUAAAGCUAUAUAAAGACACCUGUAUUUGGUAUUGUGUAAGUAUUCAAACUGGGAUCAUUGACUGACUUUAAAACAACUACAGCAUUUAACUCUCAUGUUCAGAAUGUUAAUGAACAGUAUUUGUCAAUUUUGUGUUUCUGUAUCAUAAGACUUAUUUUCUGUGUCUGUAUAAUAGUUAUUGUCCUUUGUUCUCAAUAGUAACUCAAAUCUAUUAUGUGAUUAUAUGAAUCCAUUGACCAGAUGAGACUGAAUAUAUUCAGAACUGUAAGACAUUGUCCAUCUUUUUCUUUUCAGAAUGUGUAUCGAGUGCUAUUCUUCCCUUAUUGGAACUAUGUAGUGGAUUGUUCAGAGUUCGCUAAAAAAUACUGAUUUUUGCUGUAGCCUACAUCACUUUCACCCUUGUUGUUUUUUUAUGUUGGUCCACUAAUUUUGUUGUAAGUUAUUUGGUGAAAACAGACAACCUCUCCUGGUGGUUUUACCAUUAUUUUCAUAUGCUAAUUCCCCUGUGGGUUUUUCUUCCUUGUUUCAACUUCUUCCUGUGUCACUUGCAAUUGAUUGUCAGGUUUUUAUGUACUAUAUACCUAUUGGGUUUUAGAUGGGUUCGGUCCUUCAGAAGCUAAAAUGUGUAUAGACUCGGAAGGUUUGAGCCUUCUGAUGCAUUGUGGCAGAACUGUGCAGAAUAAACUUUUUCCAAUAAAUA